CUUCGACUCCACCCUCCUCCGCCCCCCCUCCUCCUCCCUCUUUUCCUUUUCCUCUCUUCCCUCCCUCCCCAACCGCCCAGCCUCGCAGCUCUUCACGACUGAAUGACGGAUUCUUCUUGGUCGCCUACUUUCUCCUACGGGCCAUCCGACUGCCGCGCACCCCGUGGAUGGCCGAUUGACUCGGUGCUUAUUCCGACUCCUUCCCGCGCCGUGACCUGAAUCCUCUGGUGCCUGCGCCGUCAUCAUGGGCAAUGUCGCCAGUCGUCUCGAUGAUGCGGGGAAUCUGUACUUCAAGGACCAGAAUCGCCUGUCCAUCGCCGCCGUCACCAUCAGCAACUCCCGCCGCCGCUUACUGACGCUUUCCCCGAACGCGUUCCCCGCCGCCAGGUUCAUUGCAAAGAGGGAAGCCGGCGACGACACUCCGAUCGAAUAUAUUCAGGAUCCCGACGUUUCUCCCACGGCGCCAGUCCCCACGUUUUUGCUGCGUCUAUCGAACGAGGACGAACUCAUCUUCAACUUCACCUUCAUUCUUCGCCAGACCCAAACCGGAAACGUUGCUGGUUCUACCGUGAAUGGCGUCUCGACCUCGCUACCCGAGGUGGUGGACACCGUUCUCACGGGGCUCACCUUCGCCCACGCGUCCAACUCGAAAGAGCUAGAUAAUCUGAUCACGAGAGAGUUCCAUGCGAACCCCAACCUGCAAAAUAAUUCCAACGUUCAGCUGAUCGGAAACUACUCCACCGAAGGCUCGCCCUCCGUCUCUUUCGAUUGGUCCUGGAGAUGGAAGCCCCCCAAGCCUACGGAGGAUAAAGGUGGUGGCUGGCGGAACAGCUGCAGUUUCUUGGAUUACGACCAGAAAACGAAUCGCCUCAACACGCUUGCUCAUUUCUCCUUCUGGGUACAUAAUUCCGUUCGCCCACUUCCUUCCCCACUUCUAUCCUCGCCCAAUCUAGAGUUGCCCGUGCUACCUUCGCGCAGCCGCGUCCCCUCUAUGCAAUCCACAAUCUCGCAUUUCAGCGACAGCGAUGCUGUUUCAACCUCGAACGUUCCAGUCGCCAGUCCUCCCGAAUCCGCAGACGGCCCUCCUGCACUACCACCACCACCCAUUCCAACUAUGCCCCCGCCCCCACCUCCCGUGAAAGUCGACCUUUUACAUUCCCGCCCAGGAGAUGAUGUGAGUGUCGUCGAGGAUGGUCCGCUCUUCCGUGCGACUAUGAAGGCGUUGGAGCAGAAGACGGGGAGUAUGCGCACAAAAAUAAAGAAAGUCUUGAAGAAGGCCGAGGCUGCACAACAGGCGCAAGUGGCCUGUAACGAGUCUAUGGAGGCGUUCUUGGGCUCUUUGAAUGAUGCAUCAACGUCAAACGCCAAUGCAAUCCAGCCUGCGUUGGAUCAUUAUUUUGAGAAAAUUGCCCGGCAGAUCCAAAAUUACGAGCAGAUCAAUACGAUCCAGUUGCAGAAGCUUGUCAUUGACCCGCUCAUCAAGCUCUACAACAACGACAUCAAACAAGCCGAGUCGAAGAAGAAGGACUUUGACGAAGAGAGCCGCGAUUACUAUGCCUACGUCAGCCGAUACCUCGGCCAACGGCAAGACUCCCUCAAGGAGAAGAAACGCGCCGAUAGUGACACGAAGUAUCAGGCUAAGCGUCGGAACUUCGAGUUGAAGCGCUUCGAUUAUUCUUCUUUCAUGCAGGAUCUGCACGGCGGCCGCAAGGAACAGGAGGUUCUGUCACACCUGACGAAGUAUGCAGACUUCCAAGCACAAGCUUUCUUGGCAGCGGCCAAGAAAGUUGAAGAAAUGGCGCCUCAAUUAAACGCACUAGUGCAUGAGGUCAACCAAGCGGACAAGGAGUUCCAGUUCCAGAGAUCCGAGCGGGAGGAAAAGCGCAGGGCUUUGGAGAAGAAUAGCAACCCGUAUAUGGAGCCCGAUGUCGUUGCUGGCGCGCCAUCAACUAUCGCUUCAACAUCCACUGCCGCUGUCACUGCUUCCGUCGCCGCCAACAAUGGGGGUGGAUCCGGUGAAGUGGAGCUGGGUCGAGCGGACAGUACGGGCUCGCAGCUCCGUGGGGUUAUUAGCAACACUUCUUCCGUUUCGUCUCAGGCCAACGCCGGGUCGGUUGCAUCUUCUGCUGGCACCUCGGCACCAACUGCGAAUAACAAUGCGGCGGGUGCGCAGAACCAAAUUCGCUUCAAGGGCAUCCGAGAUCUUGAAGAGCGAGACAAUGUUGGAUCUGAUCGCACUGCUGGUCAGCAACGGAAAGAAGGUCUGCUGUGGGCACUGUCCCGUCCUGGUUCGCAUAUGGACCCGAAGGGCAUCAAUAAGCAGGCAUGGCACAAGUUCUGGAUCGUUUUAGACCAAGGAAAGCUUUCCGAGUACAGUAAUUGGAAGCAAAAGUUAGACCUCCACAUGGAGCCUAUUGAUUUACGGAUGGCUUCUGUCCGCGAAGCUAGGAAUGCGGAGCGGCGAUUCUGCUUCGAAGUGAUCACGCCCCAGUACAAACGCAUAUAUCAAGCCACAUCGGAGGAAGACAUGGCGAAUUGGAUCCGGUCUAUUAAUAACGCACUUCAAAGUGCAGUGGAAGGCCGAGGAAUGCCGCCACCCCCGCGUUCGUCCAAAAAUGAGUCUUCCAGCGGCCGUGAUAUUGGCUCAGUGUUGACAGGCAAAAGCUCUUCCGUGUCUGGCCACCAUUCUUAUUCCAAUAGCUCCAGUGCCAGCGCCAGCACCAGCGCCGUUGGUGUCAGUCGCCGCACUACGGUUGGAGCUCGACCCAGCUACGUGAGAAAUGACAGCAACAAUUACGAGGAGAACCCUUCCCGCUUGCUGCAGGUUGUUCGCGAGGCCGAUGAAGGUAACAACUGGUGUGCCGACUGCGGCUCCUCGUCCAAGGUUGAAUGGGUGUCCAUCAACCUUGGUAUUAUAUUAUGCAUCGAGUGUAGCGGCAUCCACCGUUCUCUAGGAACUCAUAUCUCCAAGAUUCGUUCGCUCACUCUCGAUGUCCACUCGUUCUCAAAUGAUAUUGUGGAAAUUCUCCUGCAGAUUGGCAACCGCGUCAGCAACAUGAUCUGGGAAGCCACACUGGACCAGUCGCAAAAGCCAAUUGCUAGUUCCACCCGCGAGCAACGGCUCAAGUUCAUCACCGCCAAAUACGUGGAUCGAGCACACGUUGAGGGUCUGCCGUCUCCACGGUCCCGCUUUGCAACCCCCGAUGAGACACUGCUGGCAUCCAUCAAGAAGAACGAUAUACAAGGUGUCCUCUACGGCAUCGCCUUGCACGCCAAUGUGAACGUGGCAGACCGCUCCCGCAACACGCACGCCGUAUUCCUGGCCCUUGCGGCUGCCGACCCAGCCUCCCCGGGCUCCACUCCGACUACUCUGUCUGCACGGUCCAGUGCCAAGGCCAUUCCUUUCCCCAUCGCCGAGCUGCUGGUCCAGAACGGUGCGGAGAUUCCCCCAGCACCUCCUUCCAUCCCGCUCUCCCCGGCCGCACAGCUGUAUAUCAGUCAGCGCACGGCCCGCACAUCUGCCUUUAGUGCUCCCGGCUUGGGUAAGCCCGCCGUCAGUGACACUUUGGGCUCACUACCCACCAUCCGUGCCUCAAGUAAGGAUGGUGCUCUCUCGUCCGCAUCACAGAGCUCCACUAGCUCCUUGGACACCAAGGAGAAAGAGAAGCUAUCCAAGCGCGGGAGUGCUGGAGCACGGUUCGCAGGAAAGGUAGCGUCUCUUGGAAUUGAUCGAUAACUCUAUUGAACCCUCACAUCAACCACCUUUCUGAAUGCUCUCCCUCUUCUCCCUCCAAUCACUCUCCCCCCUCCCAUCCUCUCUACACCCUUCUAUAUGGUAAUCCUCUUAACUACAUCCUUCUAAUGAGCUUUGCAUGACCAUUCCCCCUCCCCUUUCCCCAUUCCCUUUGAUGACUUCUUCUUCUUCUCACGUACGGACGGGGGUUAUGUCUGAGAUCAUUGGUGGCUAGCCUUUUUCAUUUUCCUUGUGUGUCUUUGGGACUACUUUUUGCUAUUCUUCAUCAUCGCUUCCGGAAUGGAUGGGGCUUGAGACCUUUUACGAGGUCUCUCUAUAUUCAUGACUGACUUGAAUUGUGCGCCUGUUCCUGUUCCCAUUUACUUCCUUCUUAAAUAAUUGACUUGAAAUGGAGAUCCGAGUAUUUCCAGUGUCCGAAUAAUUUCCCUUGUGGGCUGUGUUUUCCGUUUUGAUACUUCCUCCUUUGGGGGGUCUUGGUUUCACACUGUUACUUUGAGAAGGGUCGUUCAAUGUCCCCCAUAUUUUCCUAAUCAUCGGCUUCUUUUCAAGGGGUUUAUCAAGGGCGAGACUGCUGCCACCCCCUAGAUUUUCCGGAGCACCC